CUCCCGACUGUUUGGUUGAUUGCUAGCAAGUCGCAAUUAAAAAUUGGAAUACUUUCAAUCUUUCAUCAUCGCGGGUUCAAAAUUCAAAUUCCUUCCUUGCCAAUUUGCUUUUUCCGUUUCACAUUUUAAUUUUUUUCGAUUAUCCAUCUUCUUCAAUCUUCACUUGGAGUAUUUUUUUUGUUCUCGCUUCUCUCUCACUGCUAAUUCUAACGGCUCUAGGAUUUUCUAAUCAUUUUUAUGAUUAAACCCUAAAAAUCUUAAUAACAAAUGAAGACGAAGACUCCAUUAAUUAAGCUCUCUCUUCCUGCUCAAGAAACUCCCAUUACUAGCUUUUUGAGUGCGAGCGGCACAUUUCAAGAUGGUGAUUUGCUGCUAAAUCAGAAAGGAUUGCUGCUUAAAUCUGAUGACAAGGAACCUCGUCUUUCUGAUGUUAAAGAGCUUGACUUUCAAGUUUCACCUGAAGAUCUUGAGUCUAUCAAGGUCAUUGGCAAAGGAAGCGGUGGAGUAGUUCAGCUUGUUCGGCAUAAGUGGAAUGGGAAAUUGUUUGCUUUGAAGGUCAUCCAAAUGAACGUACAAGAGGAGAUUCGUAAACAAAUUGUGCAAGAGUUAAAAAUCAACCAGUCAUCUCAGUGUCCAAAUGUUGUUAUAUGCUACCAUUCCUAUUAUCAUAAUGGAGCUUUCUCACUUGUUCUAGAGUAUAUGGACCGUGGUUCUUUGGGAGAUAUCAUUAAACAAAUCAAGACGAUCCUUGAACCUUAUCUUGCAGUUGUUUGCAAACAGGUAUUACAAGGUCUUGUAUACUUGCAUAAUGAAAGGCGUGUCAUACAUCGGGACAUAAAGCCUUCCAAUCUUUUGGUAAAUCACAAAGGAGAAGUCAAGAUUACUGACUUCGGUGUUAGUGCGGUGGUUGCCAGUUCGAUGGGCCAGCGUGACACGUUUGUUGGGACCUACAACUACAUGUCGCCUGAAAGAAUUAGUGGAAGCUCUUAUGACUACAGCUGCGACAUUUGGAGUUUGGGUAUGGUCAUGUUGGAGUGUGCCAUUGGGCGGUUUCCCUACAUUCAAUCUGAAGAUGAGGUUGGUGCACCGAGUUAUUUUGAGCUUUUGGCAGCAAUUGUGGGAAACCCAGCACCUUGUGCUCCAUCUGAUCAGUUUUCUCCAGAGUUCUGUUGCUUCAUAUCUGCUUGCAUACAGAAGGACCCGAAGGAUAGAUGGACAUCAUCAGAUCUUCUGAAACACCCAUUCAUCAAAAAGUUUGAGGACAAAGAUAUUGAUUUGGGGAUUUUGGUUGGGAGUUUAGCUUAGAACCGUGGUAAAUUUUCCGAUAUAAGUUUACUCUUUACUGUAUUGUAAUAUUGUAGCUAAUGUAAUAGAAUUUAAUACUAUACUAUGUGAAAUUAUACUGGUUGAGACUUAUGAAACAAGCAAGCAAUCGUUUUCAUUA